UACCCGGGGCAACAUAUCACACAAUAAACGCCAGCUGUUGUGGAACGUGCAGAGGCGCUUCGCAGCCCAGGCGUGUCGCGGGCGCCUGGGAACCCUCGCCGCUCCCUCAGCGUGGACAAGCUGGGGCAACCUGAUCUCGGCUGUCGGGGUGGGUGUCCUCGGGAGAGGACUUUGCUAUAAAACAAGUGACCCUAGGGAAACUUUUGAAGUCAGCGGUAUAGAGAGCACCACCACCAGACGCCACCAUGCCUGCGGAAGGAGGGAAGACGGACAUGGAAAGGAUUGGCCUCUUUAGUGAGAUGGAAUAUAUUACUGUGGGUGAUAAAUAUGUGUCACAAUUUAAUCGACCCUUUAAUGAGGCUGCAAGCAAAAAUAAACAGAUGCUACCUGGAGGAUCCAAAGAAAUGUCAGAUCUUCAGGCAGGUUAUUUUGAUCCCCAUUUUGUAAGGAUUUUUGAAGGUGAAGGCUACAUAAAUCUGAAUCAAGUGAGGAGACGGGAUAGGAUGGAAGCAGCCAAAAAAAAUCUAGGCAAAGCCUUCCUCCCUAGUAGUGGGGAGAAAAAGCCAUGUGGCUUAGGAAGCUACUAUGGAACAAUAGGUGGUCCAGUCCCAUUUUUCAGCGCACAGUCAAAACCUCGAGAAAAAUAUAAGGCACCUGGAAAGAAUUUAUACACAAACCCGGGAAAGAAAGGAACUGGAUAUGGCUAUGCAAAUAUUACCAUAGGUAAACAGUUUUCACAUUCUGCCGACUUCUAUGAUGCAGCAAAACUAAAUUAUAAGAAAGAGAAUGAAGAACACCAUCGUUUACUUAAAGGAGCACCGUUUAAGUUAAAUCUUCACCCGAGGGACUAUUUUGACUCUAAUCCUUAUUUUUCUGAGGAACCUUUACCACCAAUUAAAAAAGAAGAGAAGAAAGAAUCAAUUUCGAAUGCUUUUAAACCUUCUUCUCCUGGUAAAAAGCCUGGUGGAAUGAAGGCAGGAACAUUUGAUCCUUACCCAUCACAUUCUGCUGACCCUUAUGUGGCUAAAUUGGCAAAUAUUUCUGGCAAAGAUGAUAAGAUUUUCCACCCACCAAGUGGACCAAAAAGCAGACCAGUUGAAAGUAUAAUGACUUUGAAUGUCAGAAGGGCACUAAAUUCAAAGAACUACAAGACUUCUUCAGUACCAUCCUAUUAGCAACUGGAAGACAAGUAGCUUUCUAGAUCUUAACUAUGAGUAAUUUAUUAUCAAGAGCUAAUUAUGGAAAAAAUAUAAGAUGUUAUGGAGCAGAUAGCUCAAGCAGUUAAAAGAAAUUUAAGCCUGCAACUCUAAUUCUCUUCCUUAUUUUAAUACUACUACUUAAUUAAUAAAUAGUAUUUGCUAAUA